AUGCAAACAAACGAAUGUAUUAAUCGUAGUGCUGGUGAAGAAGACAAUUCAUUUACAGGGAGUGGGACGGACAUAUUAGAUUUCUUAAACACAUCUGAUACAGAGAAUGAUGAUUUAAAAGAUAUUAUUGGAAAUGAUCUGAAUAAAAGUAACGAAGAAGAUCCGUGCAAUGAAGAAGCAUCCUCACUAACACUUUCCAUAACAAAUGUGGUUGUUAUGGCUAGCCUUCAGUGUCAUUUACGAUUAAAAGAAAUAGCUAGAACUAGUGUUAAUGUAGAAUAUAAAGCUCUUCAGAAUCACGUUAUAAUGCGUUUGCGAUCGCCUUACACAGUGGCGACAAUCUGGUCUAGCGGGAAAAUCUGGUGUACUGGAGCUAAUUCGCUUACUAAAGCAAAAAUUGGCGCUAGGCGAAUCGCUAGACGAAUAGAAAAAUGCGGAUUCCCUUGUCAUUUUAGUAAAUAUCGUGUGGUCAAUAUCAUGGCUACUUGUAAAUUACCAUUUGGUGUCAGAUUAGAAGAAUUAGUCAAAGAAAGACCGAUGCAAAUGAGUUACGAACCUGAACUAGCUCCUGGUCUCACUUUUAAAACUGAUCCUAAUUCAAGUACCUCUCUUAAACUUUUUUCAACAGGACGAAUUGUUAUUAUGGGUUCCAGUUUAGAUUCAAUCAGUUCACUAGUUGAAGAACUAGUUCCAGUAGCUGCAUUACAUCAAACAGAUGAACUAGUUCCAGAUACAAAUGAUAUUCAAGAACGUGAUGAAGCUCAAGUGGUUUUGAAAGCAGCACGAUACAUGAAUAUACUGCCAAAUGAUGAUGGUUUCAGUAGAUUAGUUUAUGACAUAGAUGAUGAUGAAUGUGAAAAUAGCGAUGAAAGUGAUUUUUAUGAAGAUAUUGGUGGUGGUGGUGGUGUCCAACAUGGCUUUUCUACAGAUGAUUCAACUGAUAGUGGGGCUUCUAUUGAUAGUGGUGGUGUAAGUACUAAAAUAAAGCGCAGAAUUAAAAAGAACAAUCGUUUAACUACUGUUGUGGAUAAUACAAUUUCUUUGCAUUCUAAUGAUCCACGUUAUUUGUCAAAUUCUAGAGCUACCAGUUUAGCUUUCUCUAAGCAUUCCGUUGGAAAUAUUGAAUCUGUUAAAGGUUUCAUAGCAACAGAAGGAGAAGUAAGACGUCAACGUGAACUAACACUUCAAAAGACAACUCAAAGUAAUGCACGAACAGAGGUUCGUUCGAAUUUUUCUCAAGAUGAUCCUACAUGGUCGCGUAAAGCUGUUGCAUCAGGAUCAACAAAACGUGCUUGUGUAGUCACUUAUUCUGGAACGGAAGAUAGUGAAUCUCAAGAUUUGUAUAAUACUGUUGAACUUCGUAGUCAAGGUUACACUCAAUCUAGUGUUUCAUUGAGUGAACAGCAGCAACAACAACACCAGCAACAGGUGAGAAUUAUUCAUGCACCUCCUUUAAUGCCGUUGAACUCGACAUAUCCUUCUGUACAAAUGUCUACCGUAAUGACUCCAGUUAAUACUGUCUCCAAUUCCCUACAAUAUGUAUUAAUUAAACCUUCUUUAAGUAUGAGUCAAACCGUGCACAACAAUGAAAUGCUAACUAAUCAACAAGUUCUCAGUUAUACUACACCGUGUACAACACCCAUACAAACAACUCCUAUUGUACAAUUAUCUGUACCAUUAUCAAAUAAUAUGGACGGUCAAAAUCUAAUGACAACAACCACAUCAAUAACAGCAAAUACAAUACCAUCGACUACUGUUGUUGCUACUUCUACUGUUUAUCCUGUCCGUCUGUCCAAUAAUAUUUCACCUAAUUACCUAUCAUCAGUAAAUGAUAACAAGAUGAUGACCUUAGCUACUGGUACUCCUUCUAAUACGUAUACAAAUCAUUUAAUAAGCUUUCCAAAUACAACUGAAAUGUUUUCAAAUGUUUAUCAAGUUGGUCCAAAUUCAAUUGUAUCUGGCCAAACUGCUCCACUUGUCUUUGGCUCUUCUUUGCUCACUUCACUUCAGCCCACAAAUAAUGUUCUCCAUCCUCAGAUACAUGUACAUGCCCCAAGUAUUCUACCUGGUUCAACAAAUGCUUUUGUUGGCAAUUUCCCUCCAGGUAUUACUUAUAAGACAUCACCUGUACAAACUGUGGGUAGUGUAACCUCGAUUCCUUUCAAUCCAACGUUUGCUUACCAACAUCCUGGAGGUUUUCAUUGA